GAUGGCAAUCUUAUAAAAAUCAGCUGUUGCUGACUUGUGUUGAAAAUAUGUUUUGAUUUUAUUGCUCAGUGUUUUGUGUUGUGUCAUUGUUAGCAUUUUUAUCAAUAAACAAUAAUAUUUGUGAUUUACGUAAUAAAUGACCUUUUAUUUGUCUGAAAACAUCUAUGACGUAGUUGCACAAAUUUCAGUCUAUAAACAUUUUACCCUUCGAUUAUCGUGCAGCGCCUUUGUUCUCAAGUAUUAAGUUGUAAUAAGCAGAAAUGUAUUUCAAACUUUACUUAAUUUUUCUUUCACUGUGUGUGGGUUAUGGUUACGGUCACAAACCGUUGGUUCUUAUUCACGGGGUAAUGACGGGAAGCGCCAGUAUGGAAAUGAUAAUGUAUAGAAUCAAAGAGAAACAUCCAGAUACAAUAAUUUACAAUGUGAACAGAUUUGAAGGUUGGUCAAGCUUGGAGAGUAUGUGGCACCAGGUUUUGGAAAUAGGGAAUGAUGUAGCUAACAUAUCAGCUAAACAUCCCGAGGGAAUUAACAUUAUAGGGUAUUCACAAGGUGGUCUCAUAGCACGCGGUAUUAUUCAAACAUUUGCCAAUGUUACAGUGGAUACAUUCAUAUCACUAAGUUCACCACAAGCAGGGCAAUAUGGAGCUGGGUUCCUGCACCUAGUAUUUCCAGGUCUUGUCAAAGACACUGUCUAUGAGUUGUUCUACUCUAAAGUGGGCCAGCACACAUCCGUAGGGAACUACUGGAACGACCCAUACCACCAGACUUUGUAUGAGUCGUAUAGUGUGUACCUGCCUUAUAUUAAUAAUCAUUUAACGUCGGCCGAAUCUGGGAAUUUCAAGUCCAAUUUGCUUAGGUUGAAGAAAUUGGUUCUGAUCGGGGGGCCUGACGACAACGUAAUAACGCCAUGGCAAAGCAGCCAAUUCGGCUACUACUCGGGAAAUGAGACGGUGAUAGAAAUGAAAGAGCAAGCGAUAUACACCGAGGACCGUAUAGGCCUGAGGAAACUGGAUGAAACAGGGAGACUUCACGUCGUAACUGUACCAGGUGUGAACCAUUUCAGUUGGCAUAUGAACGUCACUAUUGUAGAUAAUUAUCUGUUGCCCUAUUUAGAUUAGCCACCGAGAUGUGUAGGAUCAAUUGUUAGGGUACACUCUAUAAGUAAAUAAGACUAUUUUGAGAUUGAGCUGGCUGGUUUUAUAAAAUGAUAAAAUUAUAUUUGAUAGUUAAAUCAAUAUUAUUAUUGUAUUUAGAAAAUCGCAACACAAUCAGAAGCAGAAGUAAGUUGUGUAGUAGCAAAAAAUCGCUAUUGAUACUAACUUUUGCCUUACGUCUAUUUGACCAGACGAAUAUGAAUUAAAAUUUUUUUUCUAAAUAUAUACAUACAAAUAUAUAUUUGUUACUUGGUUGCUCUUAUGAUGGUGGUAAACAACUUAAAUUUUAUUUCUGUAACUUAUUUGGUAUUGAUGGAAUAAUUUGAAUAUUUUGGACAGAGAUGGACAUUUCCUAAUGCUGACUUAAAUAAUAAAUAUCAUAAGUAGUCAAUUUAACUGACGAUCAGUUAAAUUAAAACCAACUUAAAUGCAAUGGUUUCGUUAAAAUGUAGCUAAUUUUAUUUUAUUCAUGCCAUAGAUAUUUUUUAAAUAAGCUCACCCCGUAUAUUAAGCAAUUCUAAUUAUUUACAUAACAUAUACAAUAACAAUAUCUAUUGAUUGUGAUUUUACCAAUAACAUAUUGUACCAAUACUUUAUGAAAAAGGCUAUGAUUUAAAUUUUAUGUAGUAAAUUUUUUUUAACACUUAAAUUAGGAUUAAUAUUGUGCUUUAUAAAAUAAGUAAACGAGCCGCAUAUACAUAUAUAUAAUUGAAAAAAGAUCUUAUGAAAUAUAUAUUUUUAGCUAUUUUACAAGCGUAGUUUAAGUGGCAUUUUUUCCGGGACUUCGAUUUAGUUCCUGUGGGAAUAUUGUUAAGUUUACAAACUUGGGUUGUAACCAAAAGUCUCAUUUAUUAUUAAUUUUGAUAUUUAGUAUAGUUUUUUUUUGUAUUUAUUAGAAAAAACUAACAUACUGUGCCGAUCCCACGUAAAAAGUGGGAAAAGGUAACGACAAAGAAGACUUAGUAGUAAUCUCAUAACCCAAUUAAUUUUAUCCUAUAUUUUGAUUUCCUUUUAGGGAUUGAUAUGAUUUUUAUCCAUUCCCAAUGAUUUCGAUUUGCAUGUACCAGUGUUAUCACAGUUAUCAAACAUUUUAAAUAUUUUUUUAUUUAUUAUAUUUUACAAUCUAAAAUCAUUUCUCAUGUAUAUACCUAUGUAUUUUCUUCGAUUUAAUUUUAGUGAAAUCAGCAAGUAUUUUAAGUAGUGAGAUACAAGAGUUCAAAAAUAGAUUUAAUAGGCUGUGUUUGUGUGUGUCAUUAAAUUAUUUUAUACAU